CUCCUCUCAUCGGAUGAUCCUCCUCUGUAGGACGGUCGGCUUGUCUGGGGUACCGGAGGCAACCCGUCAGUCUAUUUUAAAAUCCGAUCACAAUAGUACGUCAGGACGGAUGUAUUAAUUUACAUGUCAAUUUAGAUUUAAACUUAAGGAGCGGCAUACCAUCGUGAAUGGAGUAUCUCAUCUCGCAAAAGCUCCGCUUUUCUCCCGUACGAUCACCUCCGAGGAAAUUUGACCCUCAGCUGCAGGAGGAGCGCUGUAGAGCCGAACAUUUUUCUCCACCGUCAUCCGAUCUGACACCAUAUCCAAUGGUUAUAGCCUAACAGCCAUUACACCGCACCGCACGGACGUUUCUCGACAGGACACCAAAUUUUAAAUCACAAAAUGGCAGUUUUCAGCUCACAGGUGCUUCUCGCCGUAACAAGAUCAAGGGGAUCCUAUUUGCUUUCUAAAAGACAUGGCUGCGCUUCACUCCCGUCGACCGCGUGCAUACGCUACCAUUCAGAGUUCCUCGGCCGGGCUGCUGUCACAGCCAGGUGUCCCAGGCCACUGUACCCCUGUUACACAUCCAGCUACAUCCGCCCUGGUUGCAUAGCUGCACGUCCCCUCCACAGUUCUUGUGCUUGGCUUCAAGAAGUGAAGGACACUCCUGCAAAUUCUGAACCCAUCAAGGGUGAGUCUGUCCCUGCUGCCUCUGGCACUCAACCACCACCAGGACCACCAGCAGUGCCAAGGAAGUCCCUGGGACAGAGAGUCCUGGAUGAGCUCAAGCAUUACUAUCAUGGUUUUCGCCUCCUCGGGAUUGACACCAAAAUCGCAGCCAGGAUGGUUUGGAGGUUACUGCACGGGCAGCAGCUCACCAGGAGAGAGAGGAGGAGGCUUAUGCGAACAUGUGCCGACUUGUUCCGGCUUGUGCCCUUCAUGGUUUUUGUCAUCGUUCCCUUCAUGGAGUUUCUGCUUCCAGUUUUCCUCAAACUCUUUCCAGAAAUGUUGCCUUCCACAUUUGAGACAGAGUCCAAGAAGGAGGAAAAACAGAAGAAGGGACUUGCUGCUAAACUGGAGCUUGCCAAGUUCUUGCAGGAGACCAUUGCUGAGAUGGCCAGGAGAAAUAAAGCAGCAGUUGGAGAUGAGACUCAGAAGUUCUCGACUUACGUACAGCAGGUGAGGCACACCGGUGAACAGCCCAGCACUAAAGACAUCGUGAAGUUCUCCAAGCUCUUUGAGGAUGAGCUGACGCUGGAGCAUCUGGAGCGGCCGCAGCUGGUGGCCUUGUGCAAAUUGCUGGAGCUGCAGCCCAUCGGCACCAAUAACCUGCUGCGUUUCCAGCUCAUGAUGCAGCUGCGUACCAUCAAGGCCGACGAUGAGAUGAUCGCCAAGGAGGGUGUGGCUGCAAUGACUGUGGCCGAGCUUCAGGCCGCCUGCAGGAGUCGUGGCAUGAGAUCUUUGGGUCUGACGACAGAUCAGCUCCGACAGCAACUGCAGCAGUGGCUGGACCUGCACUUAAAAGAGAAUGUCCCACCGUCCUUGUUGCUGCUCUCUCGUGCAAUGUACCUGACGGACCUCACUCCUAAAACUCCAGUCAUCCCACCGGUGCCCAAACUGGAGAAAGCCACUCCUCCUGUGGAGGCCGAAACUGCAGCCAAAGGGAAUCCGCUGUCUUCCUCUGUGGAGAUGCUGGUGGACUCUGCUCCGGUUAUCAAAGACAGAAAGUCUGAAGAAUUGUUGGAGAAACCCAGAGGGUUGGACAUGCCAUCACCUGAAGCUCAGUUAAUACAUGCUAAAGAGGCAGAGUUGUCCCAGAAGUCCAAGAUGAGUGCCAAUGGGCUAUGAGAGGGGCUCCAUGUUUCCUCAGUCACCUUAUUCUGUUGGAGAAGAGGGUGGAGGUUUGAGUUUGGCCUCUUCCACCGCUGCUGCUUCUGCUGAGGAAGUGUCUCUCUCACAGUCCAGGAUUUCAGAGGCCUUGCCGUCUCACACCUCCAUACAGACCCGAUGGACUAGUCGCAUCAGAUCCUCCAUAAACAUCUGAUCCUCAAUUAUGUUAGAAUAUAGACAUCACUCCAGCUUGACAUCUGACGUUUACAUCUCCCAUACCCCUGAAAGAUUUGACAAAUAAUGUAAAAUUGCAAAACAUUAACUCAGUCCAGCCAGGAAGUGAAUAAGGAACUUAUUCUUUAGUCUUUUGCUGAACUCCAUUUUGUAAAUGUGUAAAUAAAUUGUACAAUACCUGCAUAAGUGCUACUGCUUUAUACAGUCGGCUGUGCCAUAUGUGUGAGCUAGAAGGUGAAAGAAGUCAUAUUUUAAUAUGAGGAAUGCAUAUGUUUGCAUUCUGCAAAUGGCAGAUGAGUUGUAUGUGGGUAUUUUUUAUUUGAAAAUUUCAAAUUCCCUUUUCUAUGGGAAUAUUAUGUUCACUCCCUCAGGAGAUGCGAUUAGCGGUGUAGCGAUUAUGCCAGGCCUGCCUAUGGCAGACUCUGCAGUUUGGCACAAAAUAAACUAUGUAUUUAAUUUGUUCAUAAUAUGCUGUGUCCCCCUAUAAUCAUGUGUUUAUUUUUUUUUCCUUGGUGGAAAAUCUAAAUGACUAUUUACAAGCUUAUGUUUCACCUAUGGUUAAAAAUAUUCAAAAUUCCCCCAAAGACAAAUUUAUUUUUUAUUCACAUUAUGGAUUGUUAUUGCAUUUCAUGUUGCACUGGAUAAACCACUGGGAAGAAAAACAAUAUAGUAUGGCAAUACUGUAAAGUUUCAAAUUUAAAAAGCAUUGAAUCCCCCAGGUGUUUGCUUUGUUUAUUCCUUAACCUGCCUUUAUCUUGACUGUAAACUUAAUUGAAUUUGUUGUGUCUUUAAACUGCCCUGUCCCAUUCUGUCCUGGUGCACUUUUUUUAGUUGAUCAGUUAUGUAAAAUUGAACAUUGUGUCUGAAACGGCCUCUUAUUCUGUUAAACAAUGUACCAGUCUUUUAUCACUGUACAGUCAAAAAGUAAAGGUGCUCA